AUCCAAUCACUACCCAACAACAGAAGAAAAAGAAACAGUAAGCUACUGGUGCUUCUCGUGAUUUGCAUUCUAAUCUUUCUCUUUCCUCAUUCACUCUCGCACCGCUCUCUCUCGUGCCCUAACUCCUAACCCUAACCCUAAUCCUAACCCUAACCAUCAUCUCUACUAUUUCUUUUCCUUCUCGACUUCUUCUUGUUACUCGGCAGCUGUUUUUCGAUUCUGAUUGGUUCUGAUCUUUUUCAGGAUUUGGAUGAUCCAUUUUGAGGUAAGAGAAUGGGUUUUCACGGGCUGUUUGGAUUCAGGGAUCAUUAUGUCUGAAGAUAAUUUCCAAGGAUAUGUGAUGUCCGUGCUGCUUUAUCUUCGAAAUGCUUCCUUGGAAUUGGGUUAAUAUAGUUUUUGCAAAGUCUGUUUUCUGUAGUGUUUGAGUGAAUAUCGUGGAGAUGGAUGCAGUGCCCAGCAUUUCUGAAAUUGUUGAAUCAAAUGAAGAGUUAGAUUUUGAAUCGAAAAUGGAUGAGAAAGCCAGGAAGCAUUCUGUUCUGAAGUUUGGUAGUCGGUAUUCUAUUGAAGAUGACAUCAAUCGUCUUUUUGAAGCAAUUGAGAUUAGAACUUCAGCUAAGCACCUGGAUGCAGGUGUUAAAGAUGCUUUACGGAAGAAAGCUAUGAAGAGACCAAUGAAGGUUGGUUCACCUCAAAUGUCAGGAAUUGGAAUUUCAGAGCCUGUUAGUUUGAAGCAGGCUUUGAGAGGAUUGUGCAUCUCUCAGGCAUCGGAGAUGGCAGCAAUGAAGCGAUUAUCAAGACCAACAAGUUCAUCAAGGUCCUCAGAAGUCGGAACUAUCAAAAGGUUGUACAGGGCAGUGGUAGUUGAGGCUGAUGGAUCUGUGCUCCCCCUAAAUGAAGGUAAUGGAAAUUUGGUGGAAAUUUCUCUUGUACCAGAAAAAAUAACAUCAAAUUCUUCUGAGAAGAUGUUUGAAUCCUCACAAAUGGUUAAGGCAGAGUUAUCAGAUCAAAAUCCCCAUUCUUCCCGGGAUCAGAUUGUUCCUCUACCUACAGGGUUUGAUAGUCAAAUAUCAAAGGAAGAACUCAGAGAGCUUAAAUCUACUGAUUGUUCAUCUACCAGUCAUGUUGGUGAGAAGCUAAAGGAGGUGGAUGAGAUUGCUCCAGCCUCGAUCAAAAUUUCCGUCAAAACUCCAGUGCCAGAGGAGAAGAAAAACCAGUUGCAUGCUGCUUCUUCACUUUCUGUGUCUGGUUCAAGCCCUGGACAUACGGUGAAUAAUUCUGUAUGUAACAGUCCAUGCUUUAUGAAGCCAAUCUUCAGGAGCAAGAACUUCAUUAAGAAAAAAGUAAAGCAGGAUUCAGCUUCUGCCUCUAGCAGUUCCAAUCCAAGUAGUAGAAAAGUCAAUAGUGAUCUGAAUCCUAGUACAAGCAAUUUGGACAACAUGGUGCAUGACUGUAUUCUAGAGAGUGUAAAGAGAGAAGGUACAAAAGCUUCUCCAGCUUCUAGCAGUAGAAAUAAUAGCACUGAAUACAAUUCAAUCAUUGCUGACACAAGUUCAAGCAGGCUGGGUUCAAGUCUGAAUGGUGCUAACAGAACAGGAUCUAUAUUGGCAAAGGUAGAUGAAAAAUCAAGAUCAAGAGAAAAGGGGGAAUUCUCACAAAGUUCAAAAAGUAGCAUCGGUGACUAUAGUAGUAGCACAAGUAUUAGUGAUGAUAGCAAUCUCAGUGGUUCUAGUCAUAGUGGCAGUCGGCCGCACAUGUCAAAGGACUUGAGGUGGGAAGCCAUUCGCCAUACUCAGAAGCAGCAUGGAAGCUUUUGUUUGAAACAUUUUAAGCUGAUCAAGAAGCUUGGUUGUGGGGAUAUUGGGUCUGUUUAUCUUGCUGAGCUAACUGGUACAAAUUGCCUAUUUGCUUUGAAAGUAAUGGAUAAUGACUACUUGGCAACUAGGAAGAAGAUGUCUAGGGCCCUAACAGAAAGAAAGAUUUUGCAGAUGCUGGAUCAUCCUUUUCUCCCUACAUUAUAUGCCCAUUUUGUGUCAGAUAAACUCUCCUGCCUGGUUAUGGAGUAUUGUCCUGGCGGAGAUCUGCAUGUGCUGCGGCAGAAACAAUCUGGCAGGAGUUUCUCUGAACCAGCUGCAAGGUUUUAUGUUGCUGAAGUCCUCGUUGCACUGGAGUACUUGCACAUGCUUGGAGUUGUUUAUCGAGAUUUAAAACCAGAAAAUAUUCUGGUCCGAGAGGAUGGGCAUAUCAUGCUUUCAGAUUUUGACCUGUCACUCAGGUGUGCUGUUAAUCCUAUUCUACUUAAAUCAUCUUCACCUGCUGAAGAGCCGACAAAAAAGAUGUCGAGUCCAUGCUCUGAAGCUAGCUGUAUUGACCCAUUCUGUCUCCACCCAGCCUGGCAAGUAUCAUGUUUCACUCCAAGACUUCUGUCAGUUGCUGCAAAAUCUCAGAAGUUAAAAUCUGACCUAGCUGCUCAGGUCAGCCCACUGCCACAGGUGGUAGUGGAGCCAACUAGUGCUCGUUCUAACUCCUUUGUCGGAACCCAUGAAUACCUGGCCCCUGAGAUCAUCAAAGGUGAGGGGCAUGGCAGUGCUGUUGAUUGGUGGACGUUUGGAAUCUUCCUCUUUGAGCUGUUAUAUGGUAGAACGCCUUUCAAAGGGUCAGGAAAUGAGGAAACAUUAUCCAAUGUUGUGUCACGAAGCCUCAAGUUCCCCAGUAACCCUAUAGUUAGUUUUCAUGCACGUGAUUUGAUUAGGGGGUUGUUGAUAAAGGAACCUGGGGAUCGGCUAGGAUCUGCCAAAGGGGCUGCAGAGAUUAAACAGCACCCCUUCUUCGACGGCCUUAACUGGGCUCUGAUACGGUGUGCAAUUCCCCCAGAGCUACCUAAUCAAUGUGAUGUUGGAAUUGCAUCGAACACAUUUUCUCAGAACAAGGACUGCGCUAAGUUCAAGGAUACAGCAGAGCUAAGAGAGUUUGAGAUGUUUUAGCCCGCACUUAUCUGAUGUGAGAAACGGAAGAUGUUGAAUUUUCUUUUCAUUUUUUGAAAAAUGGGGUUUCUCAUCAUCAGUGUAACUGGUAUAUACACAUAUUUAUGGCAUAUAGUGUAAAUGUGAUCUGAAAAUCUGAAAAUUUGCGGCAACUUAUUUAGUAUGAGAUAUAUGUAUACCUAACUCUAGUUUAGAGUUGAAAUUGAGAAUGUGGAAGCGGAGAAGCAUUGCUCUUA